AUGCCUUCGCGCACUCGCCAAGGUCCUGCCGAUGAGCCGGAGGAAGAGACGGGCCUUCGCAAUCUGUCCUUCAAUCAGCCGCUCUCCUGGCGCGUGGGGCGUUCCGCCAUCCCUAUUGCCGAUCUCCUGGAGCGUCUACAGACCCUCGCCCAGGAACUUCGCAAACUCGAACAGGAAGAAAUCGACAAGGAAUCUCUGACCAAGGUCUCCAAAGAGCUCGCCAGUGCUCAUUUGCUGGCGCAUAAGGAUAGGGGUGUCAGGGCGUGGGCCAUCUGCUGCAUUGUCGAUGUCUUGCGACUUUGCGCGCCGGACGCGCCCUUUACGAGGAAUCAGCUCAAGGAUAUCUUCACCUGCGUGGUCACGUCCAUUAUCCCCGCACUGGCCGAUCCAUCCAACGCCUACAAUGCGCAACAUAUUUACGUCUUGGGCUCGCUCGCCGAGGUCAAGAGUAUCGUUCUCAUGACGGACCUUGAUCACCCGGACUCGCUCAUUGUCCCUCUUUUCACCACUUGCUUCGAUAUUGUCUCGGGAUCGUCCAAGGCCUCUACGGGGGAGGAAGUGGCCAAGGGCGUUGAAUUUGACAUGACUAGACUCCUGGUUACUGUCAUCGAUGAGACUCCAGUUUUGGCGGCGGAGGUGGUGGAUACCAUCGUGGCGCAAUUUUUGCGGGUUGACCCUCGCGUGCUGGAUAACCCAAAGAAGGGCAAACGGCCCGACGCACCCUUGGACGCCAAGCAGGACACCCUCCUCCUGAAGGAUUACCCUCCAGCCUAUAAUAUGGCCAAGGCGAUCUGCCAGGCUUGCCCAGAACGAAUGACCAGUCAUAUCAGCCAGUACUUCAACAAUGUCAUCAUUGAUGCUUCCGGUCCAUCCAAUCAAGCCAAUGGAGCCAAGGGUGGCUCCCGCAAACCGAACCUCGACGACUCGGACGAGGAAGGUGAGGAUAUCAAGGAACUAAGCAAGGCGCAUCGUUUGAUUCGAGAGCUUUGGCGCGCCUGUCCAGAAGUCUUGCAGAAUGUCAUCCCGCAGGUGGAAGCGGAACUAUCUGCUGAGUCGAUUGCUCUGCGAUUGCUGGCCACCCAGACUAUUGGUGAUCUUGCAGCAGGUAUCGGUGUCGCAGGACCACCUCCGCCUCCGUCUAUGGAUCCCGCAGCAUACCCCCCCGUCACACUGGAAGAAUUGUCGCAAAUCGUCACCCAAACUAGCGUUCUUCUGACGCCAGUUUCCCCUAAGCCCUUUUCACAGGUGCAUGCCUCAGCUUACGAGGCUUUUUUGAGCCGGAGACUUGACAAGACCCCGUCAGUGCGCGCUGCAUGGGUUACCGUCGUGGGCCGGAUUCUGUUGACCUCGGCCGGCGGCUCUGGUUUAAGCGAGCAUGAGGAGCAAGCUCUUGUUGAGAGUCUUGCGGAUAUGCUCCGUGAUGCUGACGAGAAGGUUCGUGUCGCUGCAGUUGAUACCGUCGGGCAGUUUGGGCUCUCGCAUGUCGUUCACAAGCUAGGAAUGAAGGGCGGUUGCUCUACUGAAAACUCCGUCCUUGCAAUUCUCGCAGAGCGAGUCAAGGAUCGGAAGCCCCAAGUUCGUGAGCAUGCGAUGAAGAUUCUGGCACGUAUGUGGGCAGUUGCGGCCGGCGAGAUCGAGCAAAAUACCGAGCCUGCCGUGUCGCUAUUGAAAGAUGCGCCAUCCAAGAUUUUUGAUGCAUUCUACACCAAUGACCAGGAGAUCCAUAUCCUGAUUGACCGAGUCCUUUUUGAAACCCUUCUCCCUCUCAAUUACCCUCCAAUUAAGACGAAACUCUCGCGCUCCGCGUCGAACCAGUCGCAGAAGCAAAAAGAUAGCCAGGCCUCUGAGCCCGACCAGGAAAACGAUGUUGAUAAGAUUCGUGUUCGUCGAAUCCUUACUCUACUUCGCGGCUUGGAUGAGAAAGCUCGAAGGGUGUUCUUUGUUAUGCUAGCACGUCAAUUGUCCAUGAGGUCAGCGAUGACGCUCUACCUGGAGGCCUGUGAGAAGUACAACGGCGGCGUUGUCGGAAAGGAUGAAGAGCAGUUCAAGGCCCAGCUUUCGCGAAUUAUAGACUCGUUGUCCAAGACUUUCCCAGACGCCUCGCGAGCUUCUGCAGAUCUGUGGAAGUUUGCCAAGGUCCAUGAUCGUCGCAGUUAUCAGCUCAUUCGGUUUGCCAUGGCAGCCGUUAGCGAUUAUCGUACCGUGAUCAAGGCUAUCAGAGAGCUUCAACGGCGCGCCCAAAGCGCUAACAAUACGCCCCUUCUCGAGACCAUCACCCCUCUUCUCUAUCGCUCCAGCUCGCUUAUUUUCAAUCGAAGUCAUAUCCCGGCUAUCAUGAGCCUGUCUCGGACGGACGAGAAUGGCUUAGCCAAUGCGGCACAGGAGAUGCUCAAGCAAAUAUCCUCGCAUAACCCAGAGGUCCUGGAAGCACAAGUGCAGGAAAUGUGCAAGGAUCUUGAAGCACAGGCACCCAAGGCAAACUCGCCCGGCGAUGCUAGCACCGAAGAGAUUCUCAAGGCUUGCGCUGGGUUUGCUAAGAAGCUCCCGGCCAAGCUUCCGAAGGAGCGCAAGUUUUUCCAGGCUCUUACCAACUACGCCUUGUACAGUACCUCGCCUGCGUCUGCCAAACACGCUGUCUCUAUUCUCAUGGCUACGGCCGACCGGAAGGAGAUGUACGCAAAGGAUCUGGUUCAUAAAUGCGUUAAAAAAUGGUCGUAUGGCUCUGAGCACUUCCUCACUCGUCUGGCUGCCUUGUCGCAAUUGAACCUUCUCGCACCGAGGGAAGCCGAUGAAGAGAGUGAUGCAAUCAUCUCAAUUGCUGUCAAUCAGGUGCUCUUGACCAACCGCGCCCCUGAGGAUAACCCCGAAUACAGCUGGUCUGAGACUACGGAUGAGGAGACCCAGGCCAAGGAAUGGGCCCUCAAAAUCAUUGUUAACCGUCUCCGGGCCAAGGAUGGGUCAGAUGGGGAUGAUGAUAUCCGUGCUCACGCCGAGCCCGUUUACGACACACUGAACAAGUUGGUUGCUGGCGAGGGCGAGUUGUCCAAGAAGAAGGACACCCCAGCGAAUCAAAAGUCACGCCUACGCCUUCUUGCUGCCAAGUCUCUCGUCAAGCUGUGUGCUUCCGGAGCACUGUGCGACCAACUACUUACCCCAGCAAACUUCAACUCGAUCGCUCUGAUGGCACAGGAUCGACUUCUCCCGGUGCGCACUGCGUUCAUCAAUCAUCUAAAGAAGAAGCUGGUGCAGCGGACACACUUGAGCCAUCGCUGGUACAUCAUUCCCUGUCUGCUCGCCUUCGAGCCCAGCAAGACCUUGAAGGAGAGCACGCUUACCUGGCUUCGAGCUCGCGCCGCCUUUUACUCCCAGCAAGCUCAGGCCAGUGGCAAGAGGACCGAGCAAACCAUGGUGAUGGAGUUGAUAUUCUCACGUCUCCUGUCCCUGCUUGCUUACCAUCCUGACUACCCGUCCGAUGAACUUGAUGAGUCGACGAGGUUGGGCGAUUUGAGCGACUUCGCACAAUAUAUCAUUUACUAUCUUUCUGCUGUGGCCAAUGAGCACAAUAUGUCCCUGAUCUUCCAUGUUGCGCAGCGCGUCAAGCAAUUCCGCGACGGUAUCACCAAAUCCGAUGAGAUCUCCACCCGCCUUCACACCCUGUCCGACCUCGCCCAAGCUACGAUUCGACGCUUUGCUGACAUUUACUCUCAACAACACAAGUUUGGUGGUGGUAGUAGCGGUGCCACGAACCUUCUCCAGACCUACCCCGGAAAAAUGGGUGUUCCCAGCUCCCUUUUCGCCUCGAUGACUAGUCAUCGCGAGGCCCAAGACGUUGCUGAUAAGAACUUCCUCCCUGAUGAGAUUGAUGACUUGCUUGACCGUGUGGUGCGGGCUGCUAUGAAGCCCAGGAACGCUUCUCACGGUGCACAAAGCGGUUUUGUGAAGAAGCGCAAGCCCGAGGCUUCUGAUGCGAACGGCUCUGCGUCGAAGAAGGCCCGAAAAGAAAAAUCUUUCGGGCGGCCUCGCAAGUCCACAUCAUCUGUCGGCGUCUUGGGCAAGUCCUCUCGGCGUAAGCGGACGGGUGAUGACGAAUGGCCGUCUGAUGUGGGCUCCGAAGAUGAUAAGCCCAAGUCUACCUCGGCCCGUCGGCGCAGCAGCCGUGGCACUGGCAAGCAAGGGGUCAGCUAUGCCGACAAGGACAGCGAUGAGGAUGAUCAGGAGAUGCAAAAGUGGGAAGAGACCCAAGAUACUGAGGGCAAGGACGAUGAAAACGAUGAGGAGGAAGUUCAAGACUCGGACGAGGAGAUGCCGGACGAGGACGAUAAGAACGAUGAGAACGAUGACCAAGACGAAGAAAAUGCCGAGGAUGCCAGUGAGAAAGAAAACUCGCCGCCGGUCCCACCAAAGCGCGGUGCAAAGGGGAAGGCGAAUGCCAAGGCAUCUGGUUCAAAGACCAACACUCCGGCCAAGCAAGCAACUACAUCAACAUUGCCGACGCGUCGAUCCUCUCGUCGAGGAUGA